AUGGACCUCAAAGACAAGCUGGCGAAUGAGUCCUCGAAUGUGGGCUCAUUUACCAUAGAAAGUGCAAGGCCGGUGGUGUGUUCUCCUGGCUCACCAAGCAAUGUCUCGAAUUCUUCGAUAUCAUCAAGUCUGGACAAUGGAAUAGAGAGGAACCAGCUUCCUCGGGCGAAAAGUGAUAAUCUUGAGCUGGGUUCCCAUACAGCCACGGUGAGAUCUGUCGACACAUCAUAUUCUGUCAAUCAAGGUUCAACAAAGGGCUCUAGCAAUGUUCAAGAAGCUUGCUUACUACGGUAUUUCAUUGAGGAGCUUUCUCCAUGGUUUGAUCAUUGCGAUGAGCGACGCCACUUUCAACUAGUGGUGCCUCGCCGAGCGAAGCACUGCCUCGCCCUGCGAAAUGCGGUAUUCGCCGUAUCAUCCCGGCAUCUUUGUCGUUUGCCGCAAUACACAACAUCACGAGGAAGUGUUUAUCAUGGCCAGGCUUUACCUGGUUUAACAAAGUCGACAUCGGUUGAGUACAUGUUGAAAUGUAUUCCGGAAUUGAUCCAAUUUCCCGAAAUCCAAGAUCCAACACAUCAGGAAAAUAUUAUGGCAGCCACCGUGAUUCUACGACAAUAUGAGGAGAUGGAAGAGGAGAUGGAAGAGGGGAUGGAGGACGGGGGGAUUGAGAACCAUGUCUAUGAGCGAGUCAACUUCCUGGCCAUCACCCAAACAAUCAUUGACACCAUGGUUUCAACCCCACUUGAUCAUUCUCUCGCAACUGCGGCCUACUGGAUCGCCAUCCGACAGGAGGUAUACUAUGCUUUGACAAGGCAACGGGCACCGCAGGUUCGCCUUGACCUGGAGCGCUGUCAAAACGCUUCUGUUGCCAAUACAAUGAUUGUAUUUGCUAGUGAGGUUGCCAAGUGGCGCUGGGGGUUGAAGCAAUCCCAGAAAUGGAAGCAGCUCAAGGCAAAAUACCAGCAGCUUCAUCGUAACUAUCUGCAUGAAUUAGUACCAAUUCUGGAGGAAGAUGCCGAUCGAACGAGAGGGAACAUGUUUCCUAGUAUAUGGUACUCUUUUGAUGCCCAGGUGACGGCGAUCCAACAUUUAAAAUUGGCUGAAAUGAUAUUAAUUGCUGAAAGCCCCUAUCUCGAGAACGCAAGGGGUGCAUUGCAUCGUAAAACGGAAGCACAAGUUCGGAAUAUUGUGCUAUGUCUUUGCGGUAUAGCAUUAAACCAUCCCCGAUGUCAGCCUGCACUAGUCAAUGCUGUCAUAGCAAUUACCCUGUACGGCGAAUAUUUCACCCUUCAAGAGGAGCGCGAUGCCCUUCUUGGUAUCAUCAACCAAACCAUGGAAAUACAUGCCUGGCCGAUGAAAAAAGCCCACCAGUCUCUCAAACGCCAAUGGGACGUGUUAGAUAAUGUUGAACUUUAA